GCCUCGCGGAGGCGGUCAUAAUUGCAUAUACGCCCGCGCAUAUAAGGCCCUGCCCGUCCCCGUCGUCGCAUGUUCCCCCUCGCCGCCCACAACAGCGACCUCGAGCGUUUCGCCGUCGAGGGCGCCCUCGCCACCGCCUCUUUCGUCCUCUCAAACAUGGGUUUGCUGAACUUCAAGCCGUUCGCGGCCCACAACAGGGCCAUCGCCCACGACAUCCAGCUCGACCUCAAGGCGCCCGCCCCCGCACGACGACCGCGCCACCCGCGUCCACAGCGCCGCGCCGUGCCCCUCCCCGCCGAGAUCAUCCUGCACAUCCUCGAGGCCGCCUACUUCAGCGACGCGCUCGAGCCCGACGACGCCCUCCUGCGCUCCUGCGCGCUCGUCUGCCGCGCCUGGGCGGGCCCCGCGCAGAAGCUCCUCUUCCGCAGCGUCACCCUCCGCAGCGAGGCCGCCUUCGCGUCCUUCCGGAGCGCGCUCGAUAUGUCCUGCGAGCGCGGACGCGCCCUCGCCGAGAGCGUCACGCGCCUGCGCGCCGUGCUCGACUACAACCAGCCGGGCCACCUCUCCGAGACGUCCUUCGCACGCGCGGUCGCCGCCUGUCCGAAGCUGUACGAACUCGGCCUGCAUAUCUACGGCCGCGGCCCGCCGGGCGACGGCGAUCCUUCGAAUGGUGCCCCCUCGUUCAAUCGGACCACGCUCGCGCUCCUCCGCCGCGCCGGCCCGCGCAUCGCCGCGCUGCACUUCAGCAACGCGAGCGCGGACAGCGCGCACCUCUUCCAGCUGCUCGCCCUCUGCCCGUCCCUGCACUCCCUCUCCGUGCGCGGCGUGCCGCCGCACCUCCCGCCCGACGCCCCGCUCGCCUUCGCCAGCGCGCUGCACGCGCUGCACAUGGACUUCCAGAGCAAGCCGUCGACGGACUUCCUCAACUGGCUGCUCCAAAACUCGGCGAGGAGUCUGAGAGUAUUGGAGUUCGCGCGCGAGCCGAGCACGGAUAUGCUCGCGCACCUCGUGGGCCGGCACGCGCAGGCGCUGCAGAGCCUCGCGCUCCCGAGCUGCGGGAGCCGCGAGGCCGCCGCGGUCGUGCGGGCCUGCACGCACCUGAAGGAGUUCCGCGUCGAGCACGCGCGGGGCGCGCCGGCAGUGUGGAAAGCCCUGCCGGAGGGGAUUCAGCAUAUCGCGCUCGGCGUGGACGCCGAGGCGCAGUUGGAGGCGGUGCUGGGCGUGGUGAAGGAAAGGGAGGAGCUCGAGGUGGUGACGCUCCAGAUGUGGGAGGGCGGCGCGGCGCACCCUGCGCUGCCGAGUCUGCGGAUGGAGUGCGCGACGCGCGGGAUUGAGCUGAGGAUCACGAGGGACGUGCGGGUGUUCCGGACGAUGGUGCGCGGUGAUCCCGUUCCUACAGACUCCUUCCCGAGGACCAAGUCCCUCUCCCGACCUCCGCUCAUCCAACCGAGCUUGUAAAACCACCUCCGCCGAUCUCCUGUCUUACUCUAUUCCCAGCUAACGACCGUCCUUCACAUCAUCACGCUAUCGCAUCGAUCCAUCCAUUCAUAUCAAGCCCGCAGCAUACAUAUACAAUAACACUCCAUUCCACAUCGACAUCGCUGUCGCUAUAUCAGUAUCAUCAUCGCAUUCAGUAUUCAAUCUUCAGCUUCAUUUACGACUCUUCAUGACGCCCGUUCCUUCCCAACCAAUGAUCUACCUAUUUAUGGUCGGCGAUUAUCUGUUUGGCCUUAACGAGCGGGUUAUUCGAGUAUAAUCGCUGGUUGCUAGCGUGUGCUUUGUCUUUUCACGAGCGAGGGUUAUUCGAGUAUAAUGGACAUGUGUUUUCGACUGCGUCGGACGCUGCGGUAGAUUAUCGCGUUGCUUAUUUGUCGUGGCACAGUGCUCCCUGGUCUCUAAUGCAAUCCGUGGGCCUGCAUGACAUGAAUGUGAGGUUACACUGCGAAGGUUCCGUAUUUUGACCGCCCUUGUAAGAAUAGUCAAUGUGUCGCCGGUCUUAAACAACGAUCCCCCCAUCCUCCACCGUCUCCACCAAAUACGCCUCGUCCUCCUCGUCCCCCAACACGCCCGCCGGCGCCGUCACCACGCGUAUCUUCGUCGUCGGGUCGAGCCACAUCGACGCCUUCCUCUUCAGCUCCCCGCCCGCGCACGCGGCG